AUGUUCACUGACGAUACCAAAGUACACUGUGUUGGGAUCAAUAGGGAUGUAGCGGUUUCACUAUUAAACAGAGCGUUAACAGAGCUGUACGAGUGGUGUCUCAUAAAAAGGCUCACACCACACCCUAAAAACUGCGAGGCUAUGCUCAUGACUAGGUCUAAUUUUAUCGGACCUAUUCCGCCUGUUUCUAUUGGGGGCUCCUUGAUAACAUGGGUUGAAAAUCGCGCUUACUAAGAGUAACGGUCUACAACAACCUGACAUGGUCACCACACUUAUCAGAAGUGAAAAAGAGCUUCGUAAGCAAGCUCAACUUGCUGAUAAAAUCAAGAUUUCUUCCCAAGAGUGAACUAAAAAUUUCUAUUUAA